AUGGCGCUCACGAUGAAGCGUCCGUACGCGUGUCCUGUUUGCCGGGAGUCUUUCUUGAAGUGGGGGCCUUGCCUGAGCCACGUGCGAGGGAGCGCCCCGUGCCGCGACACUUUGGGCGACAAGCUCCAGGACCUGGACGCCGUCCAGGAGGCGUGCCGCUCCGCCGCGGGCGCCGCCCCCGACGGCAGAAGCCCGGGCCCCGCUGGCGUGGCGACGGCCAGCGCCGGGGCGGUGCCCGCGCCGCCGGGCCUCCCCGCGGCGCCCGCGGAGCCCGCGCCCCCAGAGGCCCCCGCGGACCUCGCGGGCGGCGCCGCGGCGCCGCCGACGCAGCCGCAGCCUGCCGUCGAGCCCGCCGCCGAGCCCGGCGCUGGGCAGGUCAUCGUGUCAGCCACGCAGAAGCUGGACCGGGCAAUCCAGCGGGGAACGCUCGGACCCCUCAGCGGCGCCGAGAGGCGCGACCUGGAGAGUAAGCUCGAGGGGAUGGCGGUGCACAGCGCCAAAGUGCAGGACUCAUUGCGGCGGUGGAGAAGUUCUUGAGCAUUGGUUACGGCACCUUGCGAGGACAUGUUGGCGUGUGUGCAUCUGUUGUUGCGUUGUCUCGAACCCUUCUAUGUUAAGUCGUACUGCUGGUCCGAUCGUAAGUAUUCUCCGCAUUCCGCUAACAAUGACCACUUGGUCCCCGUACCGUGCGAUUUGGAUAUGCGCCAUCAACGUUGCGGCUGCCCAGCGAAAGGUUCGCAGGAGAACAGGUAUAACGUCAGUAUGAAACAGUUGUUGUCCUCACCCAUACCCUGGCGCGGAUUCGUGUGCAAGGGAUGUUCUCUCGCUCCCCGUCUACAUCCUCAUCCACUUCGUGUGACAUCGCAUGGAGCUUCUUUCUCCCGAAGCGGUCGUGAAUCUGCCUCCCAGCCUAUUGGCCUUUUCUCUACCGUCUUUUACAUUUCAUGCCUCUCCUUGCCCAUGUUGUCUCCUACUCGCUUUCCUUCUUUGCUCCUCGGCCGUCACCCGUCAAACGGCCCCCUCACCCGUCUUGCCCUCCCCUCGUCGC